GACAACAUGGCGUUUGCAUUUCACAUGGAAGCCUUGCGGAAACAAAGAGUUCUUGAUCGGAAAAAUCACGCAUUGGAUAAAAUCUUACUCGAACAGAAUGAAAUGACAAGGCGUAAUGAAGAAAAACUCCGAAUACAAUGUCAACGCAAACUUGAAAAUGAAAAGGACAACGCGCAAGCGCGUGAGUUUUAUUUAAAGGACAUGGGUCAAAUGGGAACAUUACAAGAAAAUGUCGUUUCAAAAAGCUAUGCUCAUUUGAUUCCAGAAAAACAACGCGCAAUUAACCAGAACGAUUUACGUCAUCAGGCGCGUGUACUUCGCAACAGUUGUUUGUACAUGGGGCCGGUGAACGAGUACUUUUGGGCUUAGUCAUGGACACCAUGGUAUUCUUUGAAGUGUAAAAGAUGUUUCAAUACGUAAACAAUUCCCUUUUUAAAUCCUUGUGUACUCGAGUAAAUUUGUCUGUCACGUAAAAUUACAAAAUAAAUGAGAUAUAGAAAA